GCCUUCUCCUUCGGGGUUGGGAAGAGCAGGCAGGCAGGCAGGCGCGGUCGGGAGCGUCUCUGUCCUGAGCAGCCCGCGCCCGUCUCUGCUAAACCGAUCGGGUUUCUUUUCCGCCUCUGUCCUCGGAGCCAAAGGGAGAGGUUUGCCCACGAAGGGAUGCCUGUCUGGUGAGCCGGGACUGGAAGCGGCGGGCCGUGGAGAAAAAAGAAGGAGCGAAGGUUGGGAAAAAAAAGAAGAGAAGCGCCGGGAGCAACCUGCCAAAAUGUCUAGCAAGAAAGAGAAUGUGCACAAGAAAUGGAGCGUCUUGAAAGAAAGGCUGGGGUCCCAGGAUUCGGAUCAAACAGAAGCCAAUCUGGAAAACGCAGAGCCAGAGCUCUGCAUUCGUCUCUUGCAGAUCCCUUCGGUGGUGAAUUACUCAGGGCUCAAGAAACGGCUGGAAAGUAGUGAUGACAGCUGGAUGGUCCAGUUUUUGGAACUCUGUGGACUGGAUCUUCUGUUAGAAGCCCUAGACAGGCUGUCGGGGAGAGGAGUUUCUAGGAUCUCGGAUGCCCUCCUGCAGCUGACAUGCAUCAACUGUGUACGGGCAGUAAUGAACUCUCAGAAGGGCAUUGAAUAUAUCGUGAGCAAUGAAGGUUACGUCAGGAAACUCUCUCAAGCACUGGACACUUCAAAUAUCAUGGUCAAAAAGCAAGUGUUUGAACUCCUGGCUGCUCUCUGCAUUUAUUCAUUUGAUGGCCAUGUACUGGCUUUGGAUGCUUUAGACCAUUACAAGACUGUGAAAAACCAGCAGUAUCGGUUCAGCGUCAUUAUGAAUGAGCUCUCGGUCACAGAUAAUGUGCCCUACAUGAUAACGCUCUUGAGUGCCAUCAAUGCAGUUAUAUUGGGAACAGAGGAACUGAGAGGGAGGAUGCAGCUCCGGAAUGAAUUCAUUGGUCUUCAGUUCUUGGAUAUUCUAAGCAAACUGCGAGACAUAGAAGAUGAGGACUUGCUUAUCCAGUGUGAGACAUUUGAGGAGGCUAAGACUGAAGAUGAUGAAGAGUUACUGAGAAUAUGUGAUGGCAUUGACAUGAACAGUCAUCAAGAUGUAUUCUCGUCUCUGUUCAACAAAGUGAGUAGCUCACCAGUCUCCGUUCAAUUGCUGUCCAUUCUCCAAAGCCUCUUGCAUCUCGAACCUUCUCAUCGCUCCAGCCUAUUGCUCUGGGAAUCCUUAGAAAUUUUAGUAAGCAGAGCCAUCUUGCUUGCUAAUGACAUACAAGAUAAUAGUGUGGAAGAAGUAAUGGACAGAUUGUUGUCUGUCAAGAAACACCGCAAGAAAAGAGAUUUAGGUUCCAGAAGAGCAGCUAAGAAGGUGAACGAAAGCACUCAGACCAAUGAAGAUUUGGGGCAAUGCCCAAACAUCACCCAGAGCUCUCCUCCAAGAACUUGCUCUUCCAAUACUCCACUUAAUGUAGAGCCACACGAUGUGUCUAAGAUGGCAUCCUCCUGCUUUUCAGUCAGUUCAGCUUCACCAGAAUGGAAUCUGUCUUCAGCUGCUCCAGUGCCACCUUCUCCUCCUCCCCCUUCCCUCCCAGGAACAUCAGACAUGUUGCCACAACAGCCAUCUCCUCUACCUGGGAUACAAAUGCCAGCAUCAGUUCCCACGUUGAAUGAUGUAGCAACAAUUCCACCCCCUCCUCCUCUGCCUGGGAUAACCGGCAUUCUUCUCCCUCCCCCACUGCCCAGUUUGACAGGGAUCCCUCCACCUCCACCUCUUCCCAUUAUGAUAGGGGCCCAUUCCCUACUUCAAAAUUCAGCCAUGCCACCACCACCUCCCCCACUGCCAGGUGUGGUAGAAAUCCCUCCCCCUCCUCCGCUGCCUGGCAUGGUAGGAAUCCCUCCCCCUCCCCCGCUGCCUGGCAUGGUAGGGAUCCCUCCCCCUCCCCCACUGCCUGGCAUGGUAGGGAUUCCUCCCCCUCCCCCUCUUCCUGGUGCUGCAGGAAUGCCACCUCCACCCCCCCCACUCCCAGGCAUGCCACCUCCUCCUCCCCCACUGCCUGGGAUGGAAGGGCUACCACCCCCUCCCCCACUGCCAGGCAUCCCACCUCCUCCACCUCUGGGAUUCAAUGUUGAGGAAAUUGUCCCUGCAUGGGCCAACACUCUUAGCUAUGCCGCACCACCCCCUAAAAGAAGGAAGAUGCCAACACUAAGGAUGAAGAAGCUGAAUUGGCAGAAGCUCCCCUCCAAUGUGGUGAGAGAGAGUCACUCCAUGUGGGCAUCAGCAACAAGAACGAGUGAAGAAUAUAUUGAGCCGGAUUACUCUAAAAUAGAACAGUUGUUUUGCUUUCCACAAACCAAGCCCAAAUCAAAGGAAGUUGCACCAGUGAGGACAGAACCAAAAGAGAUUACAUUUCUAGAUUCCAAAAAGAGUCUUAAUUUGAACAUAUUUUUGAAGCAAUUUAAGUGCACAAAUGAGGAGGUGGUUAAAAUGAUUCAGGAAGGUGACAGAACAAAGUUUGAUGUUGAAGUGCUAAAGCAGCUUCUUAAACUCCUACCGGAAAAACAUGAAAUAGAAAAUUUGAAAGCUUUCAAAGAAGAAAAGGAAAAAUUAGCAAAUGCAGAUCAGUUCUAUCUUCUACUCCUUGGAGUUCCUAGCUACCAAUUGAGGAUUGAAUGUAUGCUGAUGUGCGAAGAGACUGCUGUUCUGCUGGAGAUGUUGCAGCCCAAAGCAGAAACAAUAAGGAGGGCCUGUGAAGAUCUCCUCUCAAGCCAGCGGUUGCCCGUUUUCUGUCAAUUGAUCCUCAACGUUGGAAAUUUCCUGAACUAUGGAAGUCACACAGGAGAUGCCGAUGGCUUUAAAAUUGGUACUUUGCUCAAGUUAACAGAAACUAAAGCAAACCAGACUCGCAUUACACUGCUCCACCAUAUAUUAGAGGAAGUGGAAAAAAAUCACACCGAUUUGCUUCAACUUCCCAAAGAUCUUGAAUGUGUUUCAAAGGCAGCUGGAAUCAAUCUAGACGUGAUUCAUUCUGAAUCCAGCUCCAAUAUAAAGAAAUUGCUGGAACUUGAACGGAAGCUAUCAUCGUCAACAGAAGAAGUGAAGGCCCAAUAUGGAACAGCCAUUCAGGAAAGCUUAACUGCUAACAGAAAGCUGGAGGAUGAGUUUGAACUCGUUGAAACUAAGAGAACAGAACUUGCCAACUAUCUCUGUGAAGAUCCGAACAAAUUGUCUUUGGAGGAGAUAUUUAACACCAUGAAAACCUUCCGUGAUCUCUACAUCAAAGCACUAAAGGAAAACAAGGACCGAAAGGAACAAGCAGCCAAAGCUGAGAAAAGGAAGAAACAGUUGGAAGAAGAAGAAGCUAAGAGGCCGAAAGGGGAAGAUGGGAAAACCAUUAAGAAAGGAGCUGUCAAACAAGAGGAGGUGUGUGUUAUUGAUGCUUUGCUGGCUGACAUAAGGAAGGGAUUCCAGCUACGAAAAACAACCAGGAACAAAAAUGGCACAGACACUCCCAUGAAAACCACACCUCAGAGAGGAAAAGUGAUUGACCAAAGCGUUCAGGAUGUGAAAGACCCAAAGCAAGAAGAUGAUUCAAGGACGCAAAAUAAUUUCCAGGACCAAGUAGAAAAUGCAAAGCCUUCAGAAGGGGCUACGACAAAUGAGAAAUCUGAGAUGGCUACUGACUCAUUGAAUUUACAGAAGCCGCCUGAUGCUGUUGGGAAUGGCAUCUCUUCUCCAGCCCAGACAGAUCCCGAAAAGGCCUCAUUACAUUCUUUUGUUUUGGAGGAAAAUAGAGAAGCCCCGAAUGGAACAAAUUUGCAAGAGGAAACUGACUCCUGUUCCUUUCACGAUGCCAAUGACCAUGAUUUAGUGUUGUCUCAUUCCAUUUCUUUUGUAGAGUUUACAAGUGGUAACUCGGGACAUUCAACCAGCUUGAAUAUUAAAGCCGAUGAGGUUGACUCAGGGGACCCAGCUAGGAGAACUGAACCUGAUGGCUCAUGGAACCAUUUAAAUUCAAAUGACCAGGUAAACAGUAUUGAUAGAAAUGAUGACACAGGAGAAAAAAUAUCUGAAAACACAAAACAGCUCACACCCUCUCAAGAAAUGGCCCUUGAAACUUUGGCCCUGCCAGAAGCAUCUAAAGUCAAUGAAGACCGUUCCUCAGACUCCUUGUUCGACACGUCCCAGGAUAAAUCCUUCUCAGAAGAACCGGUAACUGAUUCUUCAUAUUCAGCAACAGUACCUUCAGAACAAGCCCAAGCUGGAAAAGAUGGCCAAAGAAGUUCAUCAAAACGCAAGAAGAAAAAGAGGCACAGCAAAGGCCAUUCAAUGGUUGACACUGAUUUAAAAGCGAUGGUUGAUACUGGAGAUAAAAAAACAAAAAGAGUUUGUGAGAUACAGUGAGGUGGUGCAGCAAGACAGAAAAAAUAAAAAGCAUGCUAUUCAGUGGCGUCAGCUAUUGAAAGAAGCCAUAGUAAUAGGGUGCAGUUAAUUUUCGUCUGGAGGUACUUGAUAGGGAGUAAUUAAUACUCAAAUAUAUGUUAUAUCCAGACUUGAAAGCACCCUUAGCCUGUGCCUUAUACAAAAUUCUUAUCCCAAAAUAAUUUUCUGCUGCUUUGGGGCCAUGGAGUCAACUCCCGAUGGACAAAAUUGUUCGGCAUAAGGUAAAGGAGAUAUGAUCUAAGACAGAGCUGGAACAAGUUGAAGCUAACACAGUCAUCUUUUGAAUUUAACACAAAAAAUAUUGAAAGUUUUAUGGCACCAAUCUCACGUUUAGAUAAUGUGUCAGCUUAGGAAAUAAUGAUCCAACAAGGACUGAUUUUGCAAAGAUCUGUGUUUGAGUUAACAACAUCCUUCAAUUUGAUUGUGCUAUACUUUACACCAGGUUGAAGCAAACAAUUUUUGUGAUACUAUCAGAUACAUAUCGCAUUCCUGUUUUUACACAAGACUUGUUACUCCAAGGAUUAGACAAAAGAGAUUUGUUUUAAAGAAAAUUAGUAAUUAUUCUGAUACCAUCCGUGUAGUUGACUGCCACCUAGUGGCAAAGGUAUGCAAUUACUGUCCAUAUGAACACACGAAUUAAUCUACAUGUUUAUCCCAUCCUCUUUCUCACUACACGCACUGCGACACUUCUGUUCAAGAAAACUUCUUCCCAAAGUAAUGUUAUUAUUAAUGCAAUCAAUUUACACUUUUUUGUGAUGGUGAUAGUAAAUGUGUUUGGGGCUAGGGAUUAUCUUUUUCUUGUUGCCUAUGUAUAACAUUAAUGGAAAUAUUUUAGCAUUAAUAUUGGGAAUGUGAUUCCCUUUUAUCGUAAAAAAAAUUACUAAAGUAAUUUUUCGUAGUUUAUAAAUACUAUUGAGAGAAUUGCAGAUUUGUAAAUAUCUGUUCCCUUUUGUAUAUUCACUUAUAUGAGACUGAAAGUGUAGAAAUUACUUUAUAAGCUGAAUUUAGCCAUUAUAAUUUGGAAAGAAGAUAUUGAUUGAGAUAUAUCCUGCUGAAAUAAAACUAAUGCUGUGUUAUAGUGGGCUUUGCAAAGCUAACUUUGAUUUCCUCUCCAAAUCUGUUGGGACAGUCUUCUCAAGGUCUCCCCAUGAAUGCUUUUGCCUAUGUGGGCUAGAAUAAUGGGGAAUUAUGAACUCCUGAAAUCCAGAAAAUGCCAGGUUUAAAAAAAGCAAGCAUGGGUAUUUGAAACAAGAAGUUAACCUUACCCAUGUUUUAGUUUAUCACAGAAUUUGAACAGAACUCAAGAAUGUAACCAAGCCAGGUGCCUUCAUAGCGGUUUCUUCCAGCCUUGGCAUCUUUAAACUAUGUUGCUGGGGAGUUCUGAGAGUUCAUCCAUAGUUUUUAAAAUUACUAAGAUGGAGAAAAAUUGCUCCAGACAUAUUGCACUACAACACCUUUAAUAGUAGGAAGCAUGGUGACCCAGUGGCUUAAUGAUGCUUGGAGAUGGUCUCAGCUCUGGGAGUUCGAGCCCAAGCAUUGCGCGGCAGGGUGAGCUCCUGUCACUUGCCUCAGCUUUUGUCCACUUAAGAGUUCGAAAGCAUAUUCUAUGCAAGUAGAUAGGUAGGUACCACUUCGGAGGGGAGAUGAGCUUGUGCUCUGUGCAGGAGUCAGAUUCCUAAUGGUUCUGAACCUUUCUGCUUAUAGCACCCAUUUGCAUGGUAGCAAUGGGAAGAGAAAGGGGCCUUGGGUGAUGCUACAGGAAGAGCCCCUCAUCUUUCUCUCUGGUGCAAAGCCAGCUCGCCCUCUUGUGAUGCACCUUGGGAAGCACACAAGCGUGUCCUAUAAUAGGGCUGGUACCUUGGCCGGCCAAACUACUACUCUGCAAUAGCAUUGUGGUUUCCUGGCUACUGUAACAAUGUCAUAUGCUAACAAUAAUAAUACGCUGUAAUAGUAUACUACAGUGGCUCUCAACCUGUGGUCCACCGACUCCUGGGGGGGCAGCGAUGUCAUCAUAGGGGUUCCGCAAAGGCUUGAAGAAAUUUUAUGAUUUAAAUCUUAAGUCUUGGUAAUCCGUGGCCAUGGUCUGUGGCCGCAAAAGGUAUUUAAAGGGGUCCAUGGUGAAGAAAAGGUUGAGAACCACUGGUAUAGUACAUCUAGAGGACAUCAGGUUGAGGGAGGCUGCUGCAAUUUGUGGAGAUGAUUAUGAGAGCAAUUUCUGAACACUGGAUACUACCUUCCUCCAGUCAUAUGAAAUUACAUAAUAGAGCAUGUAUCACUGUACAUAGAAGCAGUGAGUUCCAAGGUGUCACAAAAUGAUAAAUUAAGGAGACUGGGCUCCUACAGUUGAGUCUUCUUACUUCUGCAUGCUGUUGUAGUCAUCAAAUUUUCCAUUUUUUAAUGGAAUUGUUUUUCCCCGCCAACCCAAGUCAACAAUAGUAAGAAGUAUUUGUCAUCAUUUUGUUACAAUGAAAAUCUACAAUAAGAUUAUGUAGGACCUCCUGAUGGUUCUAAGGCAUAACAUCUCCAACUUUGUGUUUAUAUUUAUGUGUGUAUUUGCUUAGGUCACAUACACUUGGCACAAUAAACUUGCUUUCAUUUAACAAGUUUACAA